AUGAGAAGCAAAUGUGUACACGACAAGGCGAAGCCACCAUGCAAUGCAUGUGCCGAGGCCGGUCUUGGUGCAGAUGCUUGCAUCUUCCCCGUCCGCGGCCAACCCGAUAAUGACCGCGAAUAUCGCCACCCACGCAUGAGGGCCGACAAGGCCCACAAACGGGACUCUGCGAAGAUGCGCCGUGAUAUACUCGACGCACCCGUCAUACCUGCACCUCCCGUCCCGCCCAAAAACGUCAAGGGCGUUGACCAAUGGGACUAUCUACCACCGCUCGCGGACACAAUCGAAGCCGUGAACCAGUUCACUCGGAACUACUUCCAACUCGGCUUCAUCCCCAAGCAGGCCUUUGUCGAUCGUCUGAGAACCGACCAUCGCUCACUCAGCGUCUUCCUGCUGCUCGGCAUCCUGAGCAUAUCAGCCCGGUUCACACCAGCACUGGUCGAGCGUCAUGGCGACGGUAUGAAGGCUGCCGAGACGUUCAUGGAUCGCGCCUCGGCUGUGGCUUUGUCCGAGCUUUACCAGACUCCAAGCCUGGAGAGAUGCCAGGCCUUCUACCUGCUCAGCAUUGCCCAGCAGGGCAGCGGAUACAAUCAGAGAAGCUAUAUGAACAUGGGUAUCGCCAUGCGGAUGGCCGCUCUGUUGCGUCUUCACCGGGAGGAGACGUACACCCUCAAGAACCCUUCUAAGGAGAUGGUCAUCGCCUCGGAGUCCGCUCGCCGGACGCUGUGGAUGCUGCACAGCCAGGACAACCUUCACUCCGGCCCCGAGUCCCCUAUCUCCCUCGCCGCCAGCGACAUCACUGCCCUGCUUCCCUGCAGCGAGGAAGACUUCGCCAGAGGCCAGGAGCCCGCAUCACGGGCAGCUCUUGAGGACACGCCUCCUGCGAUCGAGAACCCACAACUGAUCUCCGACCCCAGGCGGUCUCUUUUUGCAACGCUGAUCCAGACGCAUUACUUUUGGGGUAGGGUGUCUCGUCGAGCCGUAAAGUAUGACCGGAGUUCACGGCCCUGGGAGGACACGAGCCAGUAUCAUGAGCUUGUCCAGAGGCUGCACGACUGGGAGUCCAGCCUGCCGCACGACCACGUGUGGAGCCCACUGCUGUUGAAGGGGUACAAGGCGAGCGGCCAGGACCUUGCCUACCUCAGCAUCACCAACUCCACGCGACUCUGCAACAUCGUGCUGCGCAAGGCUUAUCUGAGUGAGAUGAUUAACUCUGAGCAGGCAGAGCCCGAACUGCAGACCUUCUGGUCAAACAUGUCAAUGGAGCUUUUCACGAACGUCAAGCUCCUACACGAACAGAUCGAGACGCAGUUCAUGGAGAGAGCCCAUGAUGACACAAUGGGUGCCCAGAUGGCUUUAUUCUGUGUCUUUAGUUGCGGUCAUAUGGCCACCUAUCUCUGCAAAUAUCCUAAUAUUUGCCCAGACCUCUCACUCAGAGCUGACGGGCCGAUCAUGCUCCAGCGGGCUAUGAGCAUCCUCAGCGAGGCAGGCCAGGUCUGGCCGCUGGCAGGGCGAUGGCUCGAGAUACUGGAGAAGUUUGCGCGUGAUAAUAAGGGCCUUGUCGCAGGUAUUGAAGGGAGCAUGGCAGAUGGCCGCGACCCCGUUCCCGAGGCUUUGCAGACUGCCCUUUCUUCCCCUACUACUAAGCAUGGACAGGUGGCAAGCCAGGCUGGCAAGGCCGACGAGAACCAGCACCGCAACGGCGAACAAUCGGCACAGACUAUUCUGCCAGCUCCGUCCACACUGCCGACGCCUAUGAUGUACAUUGACCCGAACAUGCGGGCGCAAAACCAGCUGCAACAGGCACAGAUGCAGGCACAACAAGCACAAGCCAUGGGUGGUGUGCACCACCACCACCAGCAGCAGCAGCAGCUUGCGGCACGCCAGACGACUGACGGCCUCGGCCUGCUUCUGGAGGCCUUUGACACGCACCAGGGAGCAGCUGCGGCGGCACAGGCAGAACAAGCUUACGAUCCGAAUGUCGUGGUGAGCCAGACUGGUUACUACGGUCAACCAGGCGCUGCUGCCAUGCCGGGCAAUGACGGGUACGAGCAUGAACUGCAGUUUUACAUUGACGGACCAACAAAUGUCCACGGGUGGGCGGCAGGCGGACCAGGUGUAUACGGGUACUGAUUCAAGUUUCUCUCUGUCGGACUGAUUUUGGUGGGCGCUGUUCUGUCUUGCGGGCUCUACUGAUAUACAUUUAUGCGCUCUCCACCCUGGCUGGCAUUUGACUUUUUGGGCGGAUCGGUAGCUGGGUGAUGGCGGAACGAAAUAGGGCAAUCGGCGUUAGGUUCUAUUGCGGCACACAAUCAGAGAAAGAUAACGUAGUGAUCGAGAGAAUAAUGAAAGCUUGUCAACUUCCUU